UCUACUCAGUACUCAACACUGGGCGGAGUGAGUUUAUUAACUUCGUCACUCUCUUCUCUUUCUCUAUCUCCUUGGAUACCAAAACCAUAGCACUCAAACCAACACACUCUCUCUGCCUUUUCUUUCUUCUCUCUCCUAGCAUUCCCCCAUUGUCUUCUUCGUGAGUGUUGGGGAAAGCAUGGAAACCACCUCAGUUUCCAAAAUGCAGUUUGCAUUGUUUUGUUUGGUGUUGUGGUUGGGUGUUCAGCUGGAGUGGGUUCACUGUGAUGUUACCUACGACAGAAAGGCCAUUCUCAUCAAUGGCCAAAGGAGACUCCUUUUUUCUGGCUCUAUACAUUACCCAAGAAGUACCCCAGAUAUGUGGGAAGAUCUGAUUUACAAGGCCAAAGAAGGAGGCAUAGACGUCAUUGAAACCUACGUCUUUUGGAAUGUUCACGAGCCUUCUCCUGGCAAUUUCAACUUUGAAGGAAGCUACGAUCUUGUGAGGUUCGUGAAGACAAUACAGAAAGCGGGGCUAUAUGCUCAUCUUCGCAUUGGACCUUAUGUCUGUGCAGAAUGGAAUUUCGGAGGAUUUCCUGUUUGGCUCAAGUAUGUUCCGGGCAUCAGUUUUAGAACAGACAAUGAACCUUUCAAGAGGGCAAUGCAAGGGUUCACUGAGAAGAUUGUGGGAAUGAUGAAGAGUGAGCGACUCUAUGAAUCUCAGGGUGGCCCUAUUAUACUCUCUCAGAUUGAGAAUGAGUAUGGGGCACAGAGUAAAUUGCUUGGACCUGCUGGCCAACGUUACGUGAACUGGGCUGCAAAAAUGGCUAUUGAAACGGGAACGGGGGUCCCCUGGGUGAUGUGCAAGGAAGAUGAUGCACCAGAUCCAGUGAUAAACACAUGCAAUGGGUUUUACUGUGAUUAUUUUACUCCGAAUAAACCCUAUAAGCCUUCAAUGUGGACCGAGGCUUGGAGUGGCUGGUUUUCUGAAUUUGGAGGUUCAAUUCAUGAAAGACCUGUUCAAGAUUUGGCAUUUGCAGUUGCCCGAUUCAUACAGAAAGGAGGGUCUUUUGUUAACUACUACAUGUAUCAUGGGGGAACCAAUUUUGGCCGUACAGCUGGAGGCCCUUUCAUCACUACAAGUUAUGAUUAUGAUGCUCCACUGGAUGAAUAUGGUUUGAUUAGGCAACCGAAGUAUGGUCAUCUGAAAGAGCUUCACAAGGCCAUCAAGAUGUGUGAGCGGGCUUUAGUUUCAACUGACCCUGCUGUUACUUCAUUGGGGAACUUUCAACAGGCUCAUGUAUACUCUACAAAAUCUGGAGACUGUGCUGCAUUCCUCGCAAACUAUGAUACAAAAUCUUCUGUUAGAGUGAUGUUCAACAAUAUGCACUAUAACUUACCUCCGUGGUCCAUCAGCAUCCUUCCUGAUUGCAGAAAUGCUGUUUUCAAUACAGCAAAAGUUGGAGUGCAAACAUCUCAGAUGCAAAUGCUGCCAACAAAUACUCAUAUGUUCUCAUGGGAGAGAUUUGAGGAGGACGUUUCUUCUCUUGAUGACAGCUCUGCAAUUGCAAUCACUACUUCUGGUCUCCUGGAACAGAUAAAUGUAACACGGGAUACAAGUGAUUAUCUUUGGUAUAUAACCAGUGUUGAUAUAGAUUCAUCCGAAUCUUUUGUCCGAGGAGGCACACUACCCUCUCUCAUUGUUCAAUCCACGGGCCAUGCCGUGCAUGUUUUUAUCAACGGUCAACUUUCAGGUUCUGCCUUUGGAACACGGGAGGAUAGGAGAUUCAGAUAUACUGGCCCAGUAAACCUCCGAGCUGGAACAAACAGAAUAGCUCUGCUCAGUGUUGCUGUUGGGCUUCCUAAUGUGGGAGGACAUUUUGAGACUUGGAGCACAGGAAUCCUUGGUCCUGUUGUACUCCGGGGACUUGACCAAGGAAAGUUGGAUUUAUCAUGGCAAAAGUGGACUUAUCAGGUUGGGCUGAAAGGAGAGGCCAUGAAUCUUGCAUCUCCAAAUGGUAUCACUUCUGUAGAGUGGAUGCAGUCAGCAUUAGUUUCAGACAAAAAUCAACCACUGACAUGGCACAAGACUUAUUUUGAUGCUCCAGAUGGAGAUGAGCCGUUGGCAUUGGACAUGGAGGGUAUGGGUAAAGGUCAGAUAUGGAUUAAUGGACUGAGCAUUGGAAGAUACUGGACUGCUCCAGCUGUUGGUAAUUGCAACGGUUGCAGCUAUGCAGGCACCUUCAGACCUCCAAAGUGCCAGGUUGGUUGUGGCAAACCAACCCAGCGGUGGUACCAUGUACCUCGAUCUUGGUUGAAGCCAAAUCAUAAUCUGCUAGUUGUUUUUGAGGAACUUGGGGGAGAGCCUUCAAAGAUUUCAAUUGCAAAGAGAUCAGUGAGCAGUGUCUGCGCUGAUGUGUCUGAGUACCAUCCAAAUGUUAGGAAUUGGCACCUUGAGAGCUAUGGGAAAUCAGAAGAGUUCCAUCCUCCCAAGGUUCACUUGCAUUGCAGUCCUGGCCAAAGCAUCUCUUCCAUUAAAUUUGCAAGCUUUGGAACUCCUUUGGGGACCUGUGGAAAUUAUGAGCAGGGAGUUUGUCAUUCUCCCUCUUCCUAUUCCAUCUUGGAGAAGAAAUGUAUAGGGAAGGCCAGAUGCACGGUCACUGUAUCAAACAGUAACUUUGGGCAUGACCCUUGUCCAAAUGUGUUGAAGAGGUUAUCAGUUGAAGCUGUUUGCACUCCAACCAAGUGGAGGGGAUGAAUGAUUAAAAGCACCAUUAUACGUGCAGUAUGCAGUGACUUAACAAGGAAAAGUCAAGAACAAUAAUAGUAUAGGUAAUGUUAGUGCCAUAGUCGUUUUAGGGAGACUUAGUUACUAAAUUCUGAUAUGUUGGUGCCGAAGGCACGAGGUUUAUGAUUUUUAUUGAGUGAUGUGUCAACGGGAUUGUGUAAAUUAGUGAUUAUUGAAUAGGAGAGAGUUUUAAACCAAGAGUUCAAAAUUUGGACCCUUGUGUGUGAAUUUGGAGUGGUAGUUCCCUGCCUUCAAAGUUUUAACUAUAGGCACGGGAAAGAUAGGAACUUUGGUUGGUGUGAUGUUUUUUUUUUUUUGGUUUUAGUUUGUGGGGUAAAUUAAACUCCAAAUCAGGUUUAAGUUAGGAGCGGAUCCUACUGUAACCGUUCUCUCAACCAAGCUGAUUUAUAGUUUAUUGUUCUCUGCACGUUA